CAGUUGGUUUAUUUUUAGCCAGACAAUCAACAUAUUUCUCAACCGGACUGUCACUGCACUUGAACUUGGAAUUUAGUAAGUUGAAGAACUGCACUGUAGAAAAGAAGCAACUACUGCAAAUGGGAAAUUAUAAAUCAAGACCAACUCAAACUUGUACUGAUGAAUGGAAGAAGAAAGUCAGUGAAUCUUAUGUUAUCAUAAUGGAAAGAUUAGAAGAAGACUUGCAAAUCAAGGAAAAUGAGCUUGCAGAACUAAGGCAUAUAUUUAGCUCUGAUGAAGCCUUCAGUGAAGUCAAUUUAAAUUACCGUACUGAAAAUGGGCUCUCUCUACUUCACUUAUGUUGCAUUUGUGGAGGCAACAAGUCACAUAUUCGAACUCUUAUGUUAAAAGGACUCCGCCCAUCUCGACUGACAAGAAAUGGAUUUACAGCCUUGCACUUAGCAGUUUAUAAGGUAUAGCAUUUUACUUCUCAGCUACCCCAAGUAGGAAUCAACAGUGAUUGGCAUCUUUAGGUGUUUUCAUGUUUUUCAAAUAGUAAUAAAGGAAAACUUUCAAAG